AUGAUAGCGGGAAUAGUUGGCAAGUCGCUGGUCGGGCAACAUCGGAACCGUUCGGCUAAACUCGGCCGUGAUUACGUGAGCCUCGGGAGAGAACGAGAGCUCGUCUCCCUUCCGCCGCACAUCCGUCGUUCUCUGUCGAGCUAUCGUCGGAUCGUCUCUACUGUCUACGGGACUUCAGUUUUCAGCGAGCUAUCCGUGUGUGUGGUUGUCGCGUGCGCUAAAACUGUAUUGUUCAGACUUUUAAUUCUGCGGGAGUACAAUGAAGUUACGGUUAGCGCGGGUGUCGGCGCGCGGGGGGGCGAGGGGGCGCAGGUCAAUGACGUCCCUCCGUCUGGGCCCGCACCCCCUCACCCCCGGCCCGCUCUGAACCAGUUUCCGACCGACUCAUAUAGCUUACCACCAUCUAGUUUACAGUACAUACAGUACUCUACCUGCCAAACAUUCCAUCUUAUAUAA